UGCUCCAUCCUCCCUGGAGACCUGUCCCCCAGGGGUGCCCGAAGCCCCAUGCUCUGCAAUGGCAGUGAGGCCAAGGGGGUCUCCGAGGACUUGAACCUGACCGACGAGGAGCUGCGGCUCAAGUACCUGGGGCCGCAGCAGACGGAGCUGUUCGUGCCCAUCUGUGCCACGUACCUGCUGAUCUUUGCGGUGGGAGCCGUGGGCAAUGGGCUGACCUGCCUGGUCAUCCUACGCCACACGGCCAUGCGCACGCCCACCAACUGCUACCUCUUCAGCCUGGCGGUGUCUGACCUGCUGGUGCUGCUGGUGGGCUUGCCCCUGGAGCUCUAUGAGAUGUGGCGCAACUACCCGUUCCUGCUGGGCACCGGCGGCUGCUACUUCCGCACUCUGCUCUUCGAGACGGUCUGCCUGGCCUCGGUGCUCAAUGUCACGGCCCUGAGCGUGGAGCGCUACGUGGCCGUGGUGCACCCACUCCGGGCCAGGUCCGUGGUGACGCACGCUCACGUGCGCCGUGUGCUUGGGGUCAUCUGGAGCCUGGCCGUGCUCUGCUCUCUGCCCAACACCAGCCUGCACGGCAUCCGGCAGCUGUACGUGCCCUGCAGGGGCCCUGUGCCCGACUCGGCCAUGUGCGUGCUGGUGCGCCCCCAGACCCUCUACAACCUGGUGGUGCAGACCACGGCGCUGCUCUUCUUCUGCCUGCCCAUGGCCACCAUCAGCAUGCUCUACCUGCUCAUCGGGCUGCGGCUGCGCCGGGAGAGGCUGCUGCUGCCGCCCAGGAAGGGGACCAGGGCCAGCAACGCUCGAAGCCUCCAGCUGCAGGACAGGGGCCGAAGACAGGUGACCAAGAUGCUGUUUGUGUUGGUGGUGGUAUUUGGCGUCUGCUGGGCACCGUUCCACGCUGACCGGCUCAUGUGGAGCUUCGUGUUCCAGUGGACGGACGACCUGGUCCUGGCCUUCCAGUACUUACACGUUGUCUCCGGCGUCUUCUUCUACCUCGGCUCGGCCGCCAAUCCGGUGCUCUACAGCCUCAUGUCCAGCCGCUUCCGGGAGGCCUUUCAGGAAGCCCUGGGCCUUGGGGCCUGGCACCACCGCCACAGGGCGCAGCACGGCUCCCACAGCUUCAGCAGGGGGACCGUGGGCAGCACCCUCUAUGAAUUGGGCUGCCCGGGCAACAGGGCCCCCCUGGCUGGGAACGGAGGCCCAGAGGGGCAGCAGGAGACUGACCUCUCCUGA